AUGGAGCUCCAACGCAAAGAAUACCCGGCAAUGCUGACGUCGCUCUCUCCCGGCCAGGCCGUGACAGUGCUCGACAGUCGCAUGCGACAUGUCGGCCAGCUAAACAACCACAUUGCCGACUGGUUGCAGGAACGCCGUCGCGUAGAAGAACAAUAUGUCGCCGGUCUACGAAAGCUCGCAAACAAACACCCACCGGACGAAUCCUCCGAUCUCGGCAUAUUCACCACGCCGUGGCAGAAGAUCGUCAGCGCAACCGAGGCCGUCGCCCACUCGCAUGCGCACCUCGCAUCCCGGAUAGAAGCCGACGUCGAACGCCCGCUGCGCGACUUCGCCGUGAACAACCGCGAAAUACAGGCCAUGGGAAACAUUCAAGGAAACCUUACGGCAAUUGCAAAGGACAUAGACAAUGCGCAGAAGAAGCAAGCCAAACUUCGGGAUAAGGGAUCGAAGGCCAAAGCGUCUGCCGUAGCCGAUGCCGUUCAGGACAUAGAAAAGGCCGAGCUUCAAUGGGACUCGCAAGCACCCUACGUAUUUGAACAACUCCAAGCCAUUGACGAGACCCGGCUCAACCACCUCCGCGACGUACUCACUCAAUUACAAACACUCGAAGUAGACCAGGUAGAGCGCAGUCGGGCCACGACCGAGGACGCGCUGAACGCUAUGCUCAACAUCGAAACCGCCGACGAGAUACAGACGUGGUCACUGAGGAUGCGGAGUGGGGAAGCUCCUCCACCCUCGCGGAAGCUGAGCAGCACUGGUACCACUCCUUCGAGAGGUCUGGCCCCGCCACCGAUACCAGGUCCAGGCUCGCCUACUGCACCAGAUGAUAAUGGGAGUCUGAAGAGCGCAAACGUGCCGGAGAAACAUAGCUCGAACCCCCUCAAGCGACUUGGGACGGUAUUAGGUCGACGGAAAAGCGCGCACCCUUACGGACGGACCGCAUCUCCGGAACGAACCUCGUCGUCAAACUUGGGGUCGGCUUUCGGUGGUUUUGGCAAGGGCAAGUCCAAGGAUCGCGAAAACCAAACCUCAUCCCUGAGUUCCACCGCAGAACGCCCGACUUCACCUCUGAGACGCCUUUCCCAACGACCCAGUAUUUCUCAGAGAUCAGACUCCCCGAGCCUCACUCGCCAGCCCAGCACAGAUGGCGGCCCAAAUGGUACCAUACCUGAGUCUUCUACCGAGACAGAGACUCCAAACCCUGUAAAUGGAACCGCACCCGUGCAAGAAUCAAUACCUGAACUCAAAGAGUCCUUGUCUCCACCCCCGAUUGUGGAGACGCAACCAGAACCCGAAAAGGAUGCCGAGGGCUUUUCUGUACCACCAUCUGCGAUUGAUGCUAUUACAGAAGCGGAAAGAGAGGCAGGAUACGCAAAUAGCGAGGGAGGUUCACAGCCUCAGUUCAAGCUUGACAUUCGAAAUGCACCUAUCCAGGAAGAGGAUGGUGAUGCCGACGCGGCUACCGCCAACCUGGUCAACACUCUGCGCGCACAAGCUGCACAGCCCAAGCGUUCGAGUACGUUGCGUGGUCGCCGCGAUGUUCGUAACACGAUAUUCGUGCCAAACCCCGCAAUGCCAGACCUCCAAAGUAUUGGGGAAGUGCCUCCACUUCCAACCGAUGAAUCCGGCCUAGCCUCUGGUCCUGGAUCCGCAACUUUCCCUACACCUGUACCUGCCCUGCCUCAGCAACCUGUCUCUCCCGCUUACAAGCCUCCACAUCGAUCAUUAUUGUCAGAAGACCAUGCUACGUCAGACACACAAUCGAUCCGGUCGGGCCGAUCGCUAAGUAGCUCCGCUAGCACUACGGUUAAGCAUCCGGACCUGCAUGAACCAGGGCUCAACGCGUCACUAGUGGAGACUGUCAGCGCUUGGUUCGAACAGGGCAACGUCACAAAAGCAAUGGUUAUCGGUCAAGUUGCGCUUGCAUACAAUCCUAUCGACAUCUCUGCCCCCUUUGGCACAGAAAGUAUACGCCUGGAGAACUUUUCCGUUCUCGAAAAGGUAGCACCCAACCCGGCCUUCAUUGAACAGUCGGCAGACAGCCCAGGUACCUACACUGUGGACCUGUCCAAGAUUAUGAAGACAUCGGUCGCCUUCCAUUACCAGCUGCACAUUGAAGACAGCAACAUAGGUUCCCUUCCACCCAUCAUCCUGGCACCAGCAUGGAAGUCGGAACCCACACAAACCUCUGCCAUCCUCCACUACUCACUCAACCCCCGAUUCGAACUUGGUGGCGCAACAAGCAUCACCAUUCGCAACCUUGUUCUCGUCAUCCGCCUGGAACCAGGAUCAAAAGCAUUAUCCUGCCAGUCCAAGCCCACUGGCACCUUCUCCCGCGACAAGGGCCUCAUCUACUGGCGCCUCGGCGACGUAACCCUCUUUAAAGACUCAGCUCCUCAGACCCUCCGCGCCCGCUUCGUAACUGACGGCCAGGCUAACCCCGGAAACACGGAAGCGCGGUGGGAGAUUAGUGACGAGCAAUCUCUGUCGCUGGGCAGUGGUCUCGGCGUGAGCAUGAGCACGUCACUCACCGCCAAGAAAGAUGAAGUAGAAGAUGACCCCUUUGCUGACAUUGACGAGACGGCACCGCCCACCCCGACUAUUGGCUGGAAGCCUGUGGCUGCUGUGAAGAAGAUAUCCAGUGGGACGUAUCUGGGUGUUUGAUAAUGUCUAGUUGAGGAGUCUUCGUAGCAACCAACCAACCAACCUUUUUUUGGAUACAAGGGGGAAGUUGUUGCGGCCACGGUGGAAGUUGAUGGAUUUAUCAAAGAUGGCUUGAUAUCUUAAUUACUUACCUACCUAUCUCUCCUAUAUAUCGAUUUUCAUGUG